ACAGAGCACACCACCAUUUUGACACAGCCAAUCAGAGCGCACCACCGUCUUGACACAGCCAAUAAGGAUUCACCCUCCCCUUGACACUGCCAAUAAGUGAACACCGCCUUCUUCCCCUUAUAUACUCUUCAGCUUUUAGAUGGGAAACUCCUUCGAUCUAUAUAACAGUUAGCGUGUGUUAAGUCUUUCGGAGGACUUCUAGAUUUCAAGUGCCAAAUCUUUCCAGGGAGAGUGGAAGGAUAUUUCAUUAAGGUUAAAAAUCUUUUUUUUUGGAGACCUCGAACGUCCGUCGAGUCUGAAACACCCGAGCAUUUAACCAUUGAAACUCAAUCGGAGCAGCUAUUUUUCGUUGACACCUUUCGUUCAACUUUCGUGUUCAUGGGUUACCCGACUUUUCCUGAAUUUAAAAAGAAAGAAGAAUAUUUUGGCAAGACAAAAAGUUAAUUUUAACUCAAGGCUCUGUAAGAAGAAAGGGCACAUUUUGAGAAAGAGAUAAGAGAAUCAUCUGGCAAGGACAAGUCGACCAAAGGCUCUAGGAAGACUCUAAAAGAACGUUUGUUUGCCAGUUAACGGAACAAGUGACUAAAGUCGAGUUGGCGCAUUGACAAGACAUUGUAGACAGUACUAGCUAUCAGAAAUUUGGCAUGAACAAACUUUUGGAUUCGAAGAUAAGUUGAUGAUUUGCCUGACUAAGCAUAUGACAUUUCAUUGCAAAAUAACAAUACUCAAGAUUUAAAAAAUAUAUUCUUCUGGCAUCUAGUGCUAAAAGUUUCCUCAGCUCAAAAUAUAAAACGUUUUGUCAGGUGGAACACCUCGUCAAGACAACGUUAAUACCAACAGAAGAGGGUUUUUUAAUUGUCUUUACCAUUUGGCAGAUACUAUUGGUGUCUAAAUGUAAAAACAUGAGCUUGGUCUCUAGUUUUAAUAGUUUCUUCAGAUAAUCGCAAAGACGCGCAGUCUACCAAAACACCUGUGUACUAAGAAAACGUUAACAGAAGAGGCUUUUUUGUUGAAUUUGGCAUUGUCAAUUUGGAAUAUUGAUAAUAUAUGGACAGACGGAUGAAAUCUGUUAGCCUCUGAGGAAAGAUGUUCAAGAGCCUUCAUAGCUCCUAGUGCAAGUUUGUUUUUCAUUGUUGGGAGAACGUUCUGCCUGGUCUGUCAGGACGUAAGGAAAAUCAUCGUUUGGAUUCUCCUCACUUGGGUACUGAAUUGGGCAUUGAUUCAUUAAAGAGAAACUACGAACGGAUCACAUUGGAGUGGAGAAUAUGAACAGUACAGUGUAUUCAAACCGGCUGUUAGCUACUGUACAAACUGUACAGCUCGUAUCCGCAAUCUAUUUGGCAAUUCUCGGAAUCGUUCAAGUCAUAUCAAAUGCACUUCUUCUGUUCACGAUCUACAGAGAUCCAUUCAAAACUCUACGGCUCCCUGCGACUCUGUUCAUAGCGAGCCUAAGCCUUGCAGACUUGCUCACUGGGUUCCUGGCGAACUCUUUAAUUUCCUGGUACCUUCUCAGCAAGAUAUACGCCCUCAAGUUUAAUGAAGUAAUGGUACAAGUUGGCGACGUCGUAUCUGGGAUUACAGUGACAGUUUCUAACGCUACUGUUUUAGCCAUUUCUUGGGUGCAGCUAAUUUCUAUCACAUAUCCGUACAAAUACAGGAAAAUUGUAACUUCGAAAUCCAUCGGAAUCUCAGUGAUUUGUAUUUGGUUGUAUGCUCUCAUUUUUUCUCUCCUUCAGUUGACAAGUGUUCAACACGUCGCUGUAAGACUCGCUGACCUUUUCAUCAACUACACCGCCCUUCUAGUAGCCUUUAUGGUAACAUAUGUCUUACUUUACCUUAGAUUCAGGCGGCAAAUAUAUCUCACACGUUCAAAUGGGGUCUUAGGGAUGAAUUCUGCGAAGUUUCAAAGGACAUUUUAUAUCGCGAAUCUCAUUCUUCUAUCUCUUCAUCUUGGCUGCACCAUUCCACAUUCUGUUGAUUUGUACUUCACAUUUUACGGUGAUUUAAUAAGUCUCGAGGAAAGACUUUGGCAUAGUACAGCAAAGCUUGUCAUUUAUGAUGUACUGUUCUUAAAGUUUUCACUGAAUGUCCUGGUUUAUGCCUGGCGCUUGCCCAAGUACCGAAAUGCUUUUCGCGAAGCUCUCUGCAAUGGCUGCAGAAUAGUGGAGCCGACAUGUCACGUGACUACGAACGGACCAAUCAUCAGGUACAUCGGAGAAAGUGUUGUGUUGACGUCUUAUACUGUGUGGCAUCCAUUCGCAAGUGUUGUCAUGGAUACGGGAAAUCACAUACAACAAAUCACGUGAUAAAGUAUUUGAUGAUAUCGAUAAUGGGCGAUAUUAGUCGUGGUACAAUAUGGGGUGGGUUGGGCGCAUUUAGUUCUCAUUAUGUGCGAUUUCAGAAAAGAUCCACCUUUCGUAUCCAGGGGUGGUUCAGGGGGACGGGGUAGGCUGAACUGGAGGGUCUCCGCUCUUAUGAAGGAAAAUUGAGUAGAACUGCGAGCUAGGGCGAGCUACCUAGGAGAAAAUAGGUAAACGCUAAAUAGGUAAACGACCACCCCCCCCCCCCCCCCGCUCAAAAUCCUUGCUAUGGAACUGGACGGCCAGCGCAGUCCAGUGAGAGAUUGGACCCCAAAGCACUGUUGGGUAGAGCCUACGAGGAAUAGCUGUACGUAACCUUGACGAGAAGCAUAAUAUUCAAACCAGCGGAGAUAGGGUUCGCUGUGUAGCCUCCUCCGCAGGCAUCUCAAAGGCCAGAAAAAAAAGGAUUGGGUUUCCUGUGGCAAAAAACGGAAGUGACACAGGUAACCCAUUCUUUCCGUUUUUUUUCAUUAUCAGUUGCCUGCGGAGGAGGCUAGGUUCUGUGUUAUAGAGUUAUCUCUUAGUUUUGCUAAAAACAAUUCGGAGCAACCAGUUAAACAAUGUCAAUAAAUGUUUAAAUGGUUAUAUUUAUUUUAGUAGAUUUUGAUAAAUAGUUUGUUCAGAUGUAGUUUGGAGCCGCAUUCAUGUAUAACAAAAGAAUUUUGCACGUGUGUUAUAGAGUUAUCUCUUAGUUUUGCUAAAAACAAUUCGGAGCAACCAGUUAAACAAUGUCAAUAAAUGUUUAAAUGGUUAUAUUUAUUUAGUAGAUUUUGAUAAAUAGUUUGUUCAGAUGUAGUUUGGAGCCGCAUUCAUGUAUAACAAAAGAAUUUUGCACGUCUGAAGGCUAAGAAUAUGGUUAUAACCAUAAUCCAUAUAUAAUUGUGGUUAUGAAUAAAGCUGAUUAGCUGAAAAGGAACAUUAGAAGAACAUGAUAAAAUGUAUUGCAAUUAAAGAUAAAUUGUCC